UCAACAACAGAUCAGACCAUCUUCUGCAUAAACCUUCCAGGUUGUUAACCUUUGGAAAAAUGAAGAUCUUGUUCUUGAUAGUUGUGACCUUACAUCUGGUCAUUGGAGCAGCUGAGGGUGAACUACAAUAUGGUGACAUCAUUGCUGUGCCCAAGAGUUGUGGAUUUACUUUCAAGCACUAUGGUAUUUAUUUGGAUAAAAAGAGAUUUAAGGACCAAAAAGACAAUGACAACAUAUUUCACUUUACAGGUUUCAAAAGAAAUGCAAUCUUGGGUGGCUGCAUCUUUGAUAAAAUUGAUAUCCAACAGUAUGAGAAGGAUAAUUACCUGGACAAAAUAAAAACCUACAAAGACAAAGUAUCGACAGAAGAAAUAACAAGGCGAAUUGAAGAGAAGUAUGAAAGCUGCGGGACACACCCAAAAACCGAUAUUUGGGAAGCCUUCUCCAACAACUGCGAACAUCUGGCUAAUUACAUACGUUACGGAGAGAAAAUUUCACUGCAGAUUGGCCAGAAUGCAGCAGUUUUGGUACGCAAUCCCGAGAAAACCAAGGACGAAAUAAAUCAAAUAAAACAACAAUUGACGGCAGAUGAGGUGCUAUGUGAUGAUGCUUGCAAAAAACAAGGAACUCAAAUUUUGAAGGAGGAUCGAUAUGAUGAUGAGAGCUGCCCCAACACAAAGAUUGUUUAAAAGACCUAAUUUCAACAAUCUUUCUGUUG